AUGCUGAAACUCUCACAAUUACUAGACGCCAAACGGCGUGACAGCUCCGAUACAUAUGCAGACCUCUCGCCAUUGUCCCGUCAGUCCCCUCAGUCCCCCUUGACGACCGAUCUCUCCACCCCGGUCUCACCCGUGGUCUCGCUUUUCUCCGCCAAAGGUCAUACGCGUGUCUCCAGCUCCGUCUCCUCCCUGGUCUCGUCCACUGGUCAGGGUAAUUCCAUGGAGAGCUCAAGGAAUGCCCUGACAGGACUGAAGGAGGAACCUCGCCAAGCCAGGGAUCUGGAGGAGGAGUAUUUCCGUACGUCCUUCCCUCCCACCAAACCUUUUGCUCUGCCUUUGCAUACUAAUUACUUCUCUGCAGAACAUUUUGACCAAGGCAUGUCUGUUGUGAACGACACGUACUUUCGACCUUCGGCCGAUUACCCCGAAUCUUACGACCUGAACGACGCCGGCAUGGACAACCCCCAUUCCACCAAGAAAAGACGCGCCGACAGUCUCUCCGGUAAUGGCCUGUCGCGCAUUAGUUCGCGCAUUUCCACCAUUUCCACUCGCUGGAGGUCGAACCGCGUGUCGGGCGGCCCCGAUGCCGUGGACGCCAUCGGAUCCAGUCUAAGGUCCCGAACAAAUUCCGUCUCGUCCGUCCGUGCCAGCCCCGCUAUAAGUCGAGCCGACUCCUCCACGAUUCCGCCUUCGCCUGCAAGGACUAUCUUUGAGGAACGCCUGAGCGAGUCGGGGACACAGCCCAUCGACAUUGCCAAAGCGAAUAGCCAAUCCCAGGAUGACUCGGAAGCUCCACAAGCCACCACUCCUCUGCUUCCUCCCUUCAUGGGGGACGAGCCACUGAGUGUUACUGCCUCCCGAGUUCAAUCACCUCUGCAGUCACCGUCGGUCGCCGACGUCUCCGAGGAGAGCCUGGACAAGGGCAUGAUGUCGUCAGACCCUCGCCUGGCAGGAAUGCCGUCACCUCCGCUGUCGACCAAGCCGUCGGUCGCGUCUUUCAAUCGUCCACGCGCCAGCACUAUGCGGACGCUGUCUGGCGAGGGUCCAUCCUUCGCGUUGACCGAUCCGAACGACGAGUGGGCGACACAACUUGGCCAUGCCAAUUUCACUAUCCAGCCCGAGCCUUACGUGCCGGAAGUCUACGAUCUGAGCUCAUUCCGGCAAUUGCGCGAACACUGGGACCAAGCACAGUGCAACUUUACCAAGCAUCUGGUCCGGACCGGUGAACACUACGGUGUGACCUCCACCAUCUACAAGCUCACGGAGGCCAAGUGGGACGCGAUCAACAGUGAAUGGAAGCGCACCUAUGACGAGAUGUUGUCCCAACUGGAUGCGACCGACGGCUCGCUGAUGGGCAUCAUCCAGUCUCAAGGCAACCCCUGUGAGCCAGUCAAAAUUCCUCGGUUACACGAUGAGAAGUUCCCCGAACUGGGCGAUGGCGAGAUCGUCGGUCCCAUGAAAAUCGCUCCGGCGGCGAAUAUGCCAGCCCGCUGCCGGAGCCGAUCCUUGAAACGAAGCUUUUUCAAAUUCUUCCAGGAUCUCAUAUCGCGAUCCUGA